GUUGAAAACAUCAAUCUGAUAGCUGACAACGUAGGAUGCGCUAGAAGCCGUUAUUUUCUGCUCUGUCUAGUAGCGUAUGAAGAAGUUUUUGAGUCGAUAUUAAUCCUGUGGUUGUGUCUACGCACAUGGAGCUAAAAUGGGAUCAGGUUCCUGCUGUCACAGAUCCAGGCCCCUUCUCCAAAGAUGUCUUUGAUAAAUUCUCUCUGGCGCCCACCAUUACAGAGCUCUGGACCAUGUUACAAAGCCCAGAUGAAAAAGCACACCUAAAAAAAGACCCUAAGAAAAAUCCAUCUGCUUACUCCUCACAAUCCAGUCACACCAACAUCAAAUGUAAGAAAACCGCACCACGGUCCAACAUCAGACAUCGCCAGGAAACAUCAGACUGCAAAGAAGCACUUCCUGAAUGUAAGAACAAAGCAGCUGAGACUACAGAAGAGGAUUGCUUCCCUACACCGAAAGUGCCAUACCCCUGUUUCUCCUCUCUCAUCCGCAAAGAAAGAGCGACUUGUUUACACUUCAUUAAGAACAACAAACAGGAGACGGCUCCUAAGAAUGUAAUAGAGAAGUUGAAGGCAGAGGUGGUGGAGUUCAUGAAGUACCUGCAAGAUGUUGCCAAAGUGUGUGCUGACGAUUAUAACUUUAUGCCAGUGGGAGCUUCCCGCUAUUCAGAGGAGUAUUUUAAGCAUUGCUUGGACCACAUGAAGAACUACCCACAAGUUUACAGUAUUCAAGAGAUCACCAGUUUAACAGGGGGAAAGUUUGUCUCUGACAUUUCGCUCAACUUUGAGAAACAGCUUCUUGCAAUGGGCACUGUAGAUAUGGUAGAAAAACGAAUGCUGACAGAAGACACACAACUUGCAGUGGAUUAUGAGUCAGUUUCAGCCACGAACCCUCCAAUUAAAAAGGCUGUUUUUUACCACACACCUAUUAGUAGUGACACAAAUGCAGAGAAGCUCAGUGCCACCUAUGAGCCACAUGUGUGUCUAGCGAAAGAGGCCUUCCUGCAGCUCCUGAACAACAGUACUGUGUUUACUGAGACAUGGGAAAUGCCAGUAUGUGUAAAAGUAAACCCUGCAAAAGGUAGCACUCAGAGUAAAACGGUGUACAUCGACCCUCCUCUGCUGAAGACAGAGAUGACGUGGAGAGAGAGAAGUCAUCUCUUUCAUGAGGAGAGUGUAAAACUGGCUUAUAAGAAGACGGGAUCAAAACCUGUGUUUUUUCUCUCUGCGGAGGACUACUCCAACAGAACUAACUUUGCAGCAGAAGAAACGAGCAGUAGACCAGUUGUUUCGUUUAACAGCACUGAUAUGGAAUUUGAAGUAGAUUUAACUGACUUGGAGUCAUUUGGUGAGUCUUGUCAACCAAAAAAGAAAGUCAAGGUCAAUGAUUCGAAAAAACUAACCCCCUCUAAAAGUGAGACAAAACCUCAAGCAGAAUUUGAAGAAAGCAAAACCUCUAACAAUUCCACUGAAGAAGCUUCCCCACCUAAAGACAUUAUAUCAACACUUUCUACACCAGCAAAGGAAGACGCGCCAGAAGCAGCAGUCAGGGUGGGUGGGGAGGACGGUUCGAUGGACGAGAGUGCUGAGACUACCUUGAAUUCAAUGUCUGAGGAAGAGCCUUUGAGUUCGAGUGUUGAGUCGACAGAAGGUUUAUCAGCAAAUAGCGUGAUGCCUUCCUCUAAAGACAUUGAUUCUGAUGAGGAACGCCUCAUUAUUGAUGACCCCGGGUCCCCAUGGAGCGAUGUAGCAAGUGUGAAGAGCCAGGAGACGCCAAACACUGAAAAAAACACUGACCCCAGCGCUUCGUCUGUGAGUGAUUUAAAUGUGCCUCCAAGUCCCUCUGCUAAAGGAGCUAAAAAAGGAGUCAAAAGACCCAGAGUCUCAGCAGAUUGCGACCAACUAGGGCACAUUUUGCGGAUGCAAAAUGCCAUGCUGAAAUCCACGACAGCCAAAACCCAAGAACCUUUAAAAGCUCCAGCUGCAGAGGCUCGUCCAGCUGAAACCAAAUCCAACACCCGGUCUGUGUCUCUGGUCAAAUCUAGUGUGUCCUCGUACCUGGACAUGGAAUACAGAGAAGGGCUGCAGAAUGAGGCUGCUGCUCCUGCCACCUCACAGCCCACAACACAAAGAAAACGACUGCUGAAAGAAGAGCUGCUGGUGAGUGCUGAGGAUGAAGAGGACUAUGAAGCUCCUAAGGAAGGCAGUGUACUUUAUAAACUCUACAGCCUGCUAGAUGUGUUGUUGAUGGUGCGUAGCUCUGUGUCCAUCGCUCAUCCCAGACAUGACCAAGAAACCUUCAGGGCAGUCCCUGUGCAUGUGCUGCCCAAGCUAGAGUACCAGCUGUGUUACGGAGCCGAGACUCUGACCCAUACUGAGGCGUGCCAGCUAUGGGCUGAGCAGCAGCUUCACUCCAGCACAGUGUCUUUAAUAGGUCGGAUUAAUGCACACUCAUCAAAGGUAGUGCAGCUUCAAGAGCUCAACAGUGACUGGAUAAAGAACACUACCUGUGAUUUCAAACCAGCUAGGUGCCUGAACACACUCUACCACAUACUGAAUAAAGUCAUGAGCUUACAAGAAGGGAGAUAUCUAUUAGGUCACAAAUCUGGUGAAGCUUUUUUGACCAUAUUCAAAGCUGGUGAUGGAAAGAAGCCCACUCGCAGUGUCUAUGACAUCCAGGCUGUCCACUGUGGACCUCCUUUAAUACCAGAAGGCAAAAUUCCAUGGGUUCCAGUGGAUCCCUCCCAUCUUAUGCCGUUUCACAAGAAAUACUGUAGACCUCCAUGCACCUUCCCUCCACGGCAACCCCCACAGCCUAAGUUGACCCUUCAGGAAGGAGGGUGUAACGGAGCAUGGCCGGGGAACAGCACGCCUGCAUCUGUACAAGUGAGGCAAGGCUCAGCAGGGAAGAGCAGUCAAAAGCAGAAGAGAAGGAACAGGAAAAAGAAACAAAAGACUACUAAAGCACACCCACAGAAUGAUGGAGGACAUGUAAAGUGAAUAAAUAAGCAGUGAAGAGUAAGAUGUGUUUCAGGGUCAUGGAAGGCCUGGAGCCUAUCCUAGGGGACUCUGGACACUAGGCAGCCUAAUCCCUCGAGGGGGGUGUCAAUCAAUCACAGGGUGCACAUACACACACUCCAACAUGCACGCACAAUCUGCAUGUCUUUGGACUGUGAAAGAAAACCAGACUACCCAGAGGAAACCCACUAAGCACAGCAAGAUCAUGCAUACUCCACCCACACAGAUCUGAGGGUCGAUUUGAAGCCUUGACCCUGGGGGUGUAAGGCCACCACUAUAUCGCCAUAUUUUUAAUAAACAAUUCCAUAUUUGUUUAUGCCGAAUGAUCUGUGGAUAUUUUUCCCAUUAAUAAUAAAUAUCAUAUUCGAGGUUGUGUACAAAUGCAUUUAUUUGUAAUUUCUCUUACAGGGUUGUCCAGUUUCUAUUUUAUAAGAGCUCCAGAGUUUGUGCAAAUUUGGGUAUAAUAAAUCUCACUAAUGUGAACCUCGACUAAAAGCUUCAAAUUGUGUGACUGAUGUUUGUACAAAUUUUCAUAUGGAAUUUAAUUGUACAGGGAAAAAAUGUGACAAUUUUGGGAAAUUCUGAUCAAAUAAGAUUAAACAUGAAUUUAUACAGU